AUGCGCUCCUGCCAUGGAAUUGGACUACGUCAUUUGGGUCUCCUUUCCGAUUCAUCUGUCCAAGCCAGGGACAUCAUCACUGCCAUAGAAGAGAAAAUUCUUCAGCAUCUGGACUUAAAUGAGCAGAGUGGUCCAAGUGGAAAAAAAGUGGUAAUAUCUAGAGCACUACGUGAGAAAUCAUAUUUGCUGCAUCUUGACGGGUUCUCUUCAUCAAUUGAGCUUGAAGACAUUGGAAUCUUUGAAGAACACGAGCAUGGGAAAGUCAUCAUUGAAGCUAAAGAUCCAUAUCUCCUGAGGAAUUUUCCAUUCGACAAAGCAAUCAAAUUAGAGAGGUUACCACCCCAAGAUUCGAGGAAAUUGUUUGAUAAGAUCAUUGAUGAUGAAACACUUUGUGAACAAAACACAGUUCUAGCUGACUUGAUUGUUAAGGAGCUUGGUGGGCUUCCAGCGGUGAUCACAUCUGUAGCUGGGCAGCUGAAAAUUAAUAAACGAGUACAAUACUGGGAAGGUAUGAUUCAAAGAUUGAAAGCAGAUAUUUGGGACAAUAAUCUUCUGGAAUUGGCAGGCUUGGCAGGAGCAAAAUUGGCUUUUGAUACAGCUUAUAGUAAAUUGAAAGAGAAUGAUCGAAAGUGCAUACUUUAUGCAGCAUUGUUUCCGAAAGAGUUCACAAUUCCCAUAGAUAUUUUGGUCGAAUAUUGGAAAGCUGAAGAGUUUCUAUGGUGUCCUAUUCCUACAUUCUCUCACGCACAAAUAGAAGGAGCAUGUGUCCUCAAACAGCUGAUAGAGCUUAAUCUCUUAGAGAAGUGUUUUGACCACCAUGUCAAGAUGCCAAUAAUCUCUAGGAGACUUGCACUUGAAACACCUUUCCCUGGGGAGAAAAAUGCAACAUCCUUUGUCAGGUCGGAUCCAGAGAUAGACGGACACCUAAAAGACGAAGAAUGGGAGAUGGCCAGAAGGGUGUCUUUGAUACGAAACCAAUUAGAGGAAUUGCCUGUGAGCCCGAGAUGUGAGGGCAUGUCAACACUAUUUCUGCAACUUAACCCAACUUGA